UUUUGUUGAAAAUCGUGUGAAAAUCAGUAGCGGUGGCUUAUAUCCAUGAAGUUAAAUUAGAUUUUAUGGUUAAUUACUCAAGAUAUAACGAUGGAUUACCAUUAUGAACAGACUAGUGAAGUAGAAGCUUUAGAUUCAAUCUACUAUGGCGAUAUGCAAAUUAUAGAAACUGAGCCGUUCCAUAAGUUCUCGAUACCGAUAAAGUCAGAAGGCUACGACGACGGCGAAGGUCUGGCAUGUCAGCUGGUUUUCACUUACACGGCAAAAUAUCCGGAUGAGGUGCCUCUUAUAGAAAUUGAGGAUGAAGAGAAUUUCGAUGAUAUAGUAGACAAACAGGAAUUACUGACACAUUUAACAGAACAGGCAAAAGAAAACGUAGGCAUGGUGAUGGUGUUCACAUUGGUGUCAGCGGGGCAGGAAUGGCUGAGUGACCACUGGGACAGAGUCAAGAAAGAAAGAGAGGAGCAGGUGCUGGCGAAGAUUAAGGCUGACGAGGAAGCUGAACAGAAAAGGUUCGAAGGCACGCGGGUUACGGUAGAAUCGUUCCUGGCGUGGCGGAAACAGUUUGAGAUGGACAUGGGCAUCCCGCAGAAGCGGGAGAGAGAAGCCAAGGGCACCAACAAGCUGACCGGCAAGGAGCUCUUCCUGAGGGACACCACGCUCAAUGAGUCCGACUUGAAGUUCUUGGAUGAUGGCGACGCGGUGAAGGUGGACGAGUCCCUGUUCCAAGACCUGGAGGACCUGGACAUCUCGGACGAGGACGACGAGGACUACGUGCCCGGACAGAGCAGCGACAGCGACUAGCGACACAAGAGCGACACAUGAGCGACACAUGAACGACAGAUGAGCGACA